UCUUCCUGAAUAGUGUGGUGGAUCUCCCCGUGUAGCUUCCGGCCAGUGGAUGUUGUGGUGGAGUGGCUGUUAUUACCUGCCAGUUGUUGUCUUCCCUCACUGACAUGUUGUGUGACACGUGAAUAACCUCAGGAGUUAUAGUGGUUCUCGUCCGGCCAUGAUGGAGGAGCCAAUGAUGGUGGAUCAGGUGGAGGAGGCCAGCAGGAGUCGCGCUGGGGUGUGUGUCCUCAACACCAAGUCCAAACCUUUAAUAGAAGACUAUGUUAUCUCAAACAACGUGUUGGGUCUGGGCAUCAACGGCAAGGUGGUCGAGUGCUUCAGCAAGAAGGACCAGAAGAAGUAUGCCCUUAAGGUACUGCGUGACAGCCCAAAGUCUAGACGAGAGGUGGAUCUGCACUGUAGGGGAUCAGCUUGCCCACAUGUUGUAGCAAUAAUUGACGUGUAUGAGAAUGUUUACAACAACCAGAAGUGCUUAUUAGUUGUCAUGGAAUGUAUGGAGGGCGGAGAAUUAUUUCAGCGUAUUCAAGAUCGAGCUGAUGGUGCAUUUACUGAACGUGAGGCGGCCUGCAUCAUGAGGGAAAUUUGUGUGGCAGUACAACAUCUUCAUCUUCUUAAUAUAGCUCACAGAGAUCUGAAACCAGAAAAUCUCCUUUAUACCAGAUUGGGUGAUGAUGCAUUGCUGAAAUUGACUGAUUUUGGGUUUGCCAAAGAAACGUUUUCUAAAGAAUCCCUGCAGACACCAUGUUACACUCCAUACUACGUUGCCCCUGAGGUGUUGGGACCAGAGAAGUAUGACAAGAGCUGUGACAUCUGGUCUUUGGGUGUUAUUAUGUACAUUUUGCUUUGUGGCUUCCCACCAUUCUACAGUAAUCAUGGCCAUGCAAUAUCCCCGGGAAUGAAAAAGAGGAUUCGCACGGGCCAAUACACUUUUCCCAAUCCAGAGUGGGCCAAUGUAAGCCAAGAUGCCAAAGACUUGAUUAAGGGAAUGCUACGCACCGAUCCAGAGGAACGUCUUACAAUAUUUGAUGUUAUGAAGAACAAGUGGAUUGUGCAAUACUCAGAAGUGCCACAGACACCACUCCACACCUCAAGGAUACUGCGUGAAGAAGGGGACUUAUGGCAGGAGGUACAAGAUGAGAUGACUCGCUCCCUCGCAACUAUGCGUGUAGACUAUGAUACACUGCAGAUCAAAACCUUAGAUCAUGCUAACAAUUCUCUUCUUAGUAAACGCCGUAAGAGGGCUACUGACAAUUAAAAGUGUAGGCUGUAAUAAGAGUACUUGAAAAACUCUGGAGAUAUAGAUUAAAAUUCAGGUCACAUUAACCAUCACAAAUUAUAGGUAACAUUGGUAAAAUUAGGGAAUAUAGAUAACUGAAAAGCUAUCAUUAGAACUUUGUGAAAGAUAUAGUAUGGGAAUAUAUUUGAUUAGAUUAAAGUGUAAACCAAAACCAACCACGAUGGAAAGGUGUUUCAACAGUGCUUGUGACUACAGUACUGAUGAAAUAGGACUGAUGGUGUGAAACUGUUAAAAAAUAUAUAUAUAUGGUCGUUAAUAGAAAAUUAUAUUUACAUAGUGAUUUGAUUAUGAUACAAGUGGGUCAAAAUAUAACACUGGUCAAGAAGGAAGAUGAUAAUGAUGGUCUAGACUGAGGUAAUGAGUGUGAUGAUGAAAAAUUAUUUAUUGUUACAUUAGCAUAACAAAGAUGAUCUUAUUUAAUAUAUUGGUGUGGUAUUCUACUCAGGUUUGUAUGUUUUCACCUUUUCAUGAAAUAUUCCAAGAGUUUGAAUGAGGACAAACAACCAGGAGCGUAAUAGUUAUUUUAAAGCCUUGCUAUUUCCUGUGAUGCUUAUGUUUGAAGAAUACCUCUCCCACUCAUGCUGUUUGAUUAAGAAUGUUAAGUACUGCUUUAAGACUAAUGCUCAACAAAAUGGUAAAAAUAUUAUUACAGUACUGUAGUUAUAAAUGACCACACAUGUAAAGAAUGAGGGCUUUUUUAUUUAAAUUUCAUGGUGAUCUGAUGAUAGAGUAUUGACUUAACAAAAAACACUGCCAUCAUUUAACAAGCCACUUGUACAGUAAAGACAAAAAAUAGUGCAAAUUUUAAGUAGUUUCAGAAAAAAUUUAACCUGAAAAUAUACUAAGAGACUUUUCAACAAGGCUUUGUGCUUGUACCCAGAUCUUUAUUUGAAAUUUUUUUAAUUUUUACUGAAACAAAUUGACAUCUUUAUUGUUUCAGCUUUACAAGUGUUUCUUCACAGUGUUAAAAUAUCAAUAAAUACAGGUAAUACUUCAUCUAAAAUAUAUGGUAGAUAUUUAUCUUCUGUAUGACAACACUCAGCAAAGCCUAACUGUAUUUUAACAGAUGUACAUUGUGGUACAAAUAAUAAUUUAAGUGUAAGGGAAGUAAAUUUUCUUAAUUAGAAACAAAAUAUUGUAGCUGUUAAUAAAUAACUUGUAACUG